AUGCCUCGUUCUCGGCUGUUGGCGCCCCCCGAAGCCAAGUUCCAAUCAUGGGCCUACGGAGAACGCGGUCAGAAGAUUGCCGUCCAUAUGUACGGGGUUUGUACGGAACGUGUACGGAGGACGGAUGCACAAAAUCCGGAGGAUGCUUGGACACUUUCGUGGUUUAAAAAAAAUAAAAAGGCUGGCUGCAUCCCCGGAGGAAAGCCAAUGUCCACCGCACCUGCAAGGUUUGCCAGUGACUUGCAGAUGAGAAUUGCGUCGUAUUCAGAUUUACAGAGUACUUUCUGGAACAAGAACAAAAGUGGCUCGAAAACUGUUGAAUAUCAGACAUUCGGGUUGAGCUUCACACUGGUGUGGAACAAAGCAAAAGACCGAGAUACUACGUAUCCUCCCAGGGCUGGUCAACGAGGACUUGAACGAAGUAAGUACCCGGUGUUGCCAAGGACAAUUCACCUCGAGGUUGUGCUGCAUGAGGCAUCGACGCCUGCGUCUCUCUCGGUUUCAAUCUUCCGGAUCGCUCGGCCAGAAAGCUUUCCCAUUCCCCAAGGCAGACAGCCUGUCUCAAUUUUCUAUGGCAAGGACAUCAUCAAACCGGAGCCAAUCCCGCGGACACGCGACAGCAAACAAGCUCUAACUACCCACCCAAACCAACCAGUACCUUUCCCAUGA